AUGCCUCGUCCUCAUUCCACAAUUCCCGCCCAUCUCCCUCCUCUUCACCUUUAUCGACACAUCCUUCGCGAAACAUCAUAUCUCCCUCCAGCAAUACGUCCAGAGGUUACGCACCGCAUUCGCACACGAUUUCGAAGCCAUCGAAAAUAUGAUCGUCUCCAAAACAAGCACCGUGCCAGUGCGGCCAAUCUUCUGCGCAGAUUAAGAGCAGCAAACAGUGGCAAGCAAUCGCGGAUGUCAGACUUAAUAAUGGACGCAUUUGGCAGAACAGGGGCCCGAAGACGAAGGCUACUUUCGAACUAUAUACAAACCGAACCUCCCAGCAACUCGGAUGCUUUGGAAGCCUUGAUCCAAGGAGUUGAAGCGGAUAAGAAACCUCCAGAAACGACCGAGCCUAAAGGAACUAAAUUGCAACAUGAACCAGCCGAAACAGUGAUAGAAAGUCAACCCUCUACGAAUUCUCCGGAGGACACUAGCGAUACGCCAAGCAAUGGAGAAGAAACAAUACCAAAAGCGCCCCUAGUAAGAAAAGGACCAAACCCUCUUCAGCCAGCAUUCUAUGAGAAAUGGAAUACCGAGAAACUCCGAAAGCUCCUCCGCAGUCAGAGGGAGUUGCAGAAUUCAGCAAGACUAUCUUGGCCUAAAACCGAUAUCAAGAGUCUUAAUCCCGACCAAGCGGUUCCUCCCCAAACCAUCUGGGGAAAGCCAACACCCCAAAAUAUAUAUCAAGCCAAGCGAGCAAGCUUCUGGAAGCGCAUUUCUUCCAAAGCGAUGCCACCGCUUGGAAAAGAUGAAUGGGAUCUUCUUGGCCGUCUCAGCAGUGGCGCUCAACAGGAAGAUCAGUGGAAGGUCCCAGAAAGACGGCCUGCUGCGAAGCCCUCACGUGGUGCUACUACUAAGCCUGAUGCCUGGGAUUGGGAGGGAUAUGCUUCUCGGCCGGCCUACCAGGUUGAGCGUCAGAGUCCGCUAUCCGUUUAUGCUUUGGUUGGACGGGAUAAGGAAAAGCAUCCAUAUCAGCCAAAGUUCGACCAUCAGGAAUUGUCGCCCAGGUGGUUUAAGCGUGCUUAUCAACGAGUCUGGCAUUUCACCCCGAAGAUGGACCCAAAUUCAAAGCCAGGCAGGCCCAAGUUCAUAUGGGGUGCUUUGACUAAUCCUGCGGUUCCUCCUACAAAAGCGCAACUCGCUAUCUUCGAGGGCGUCAAUAGCAAGGGUGAAGAGUCAAAACCCUUCUCCCAGACUCAAAAGGCGCCAGAGUCACGAUCAAAGACUGCGAUCAAACCUCUCAGAACGCCGAAAUCAUAG